GUUGGGAGUCUCUAUGUUUUGGCACCAGGCUGCCGGACCGACACGCUCGCCGCUGCUGUGUUUUUGUUUUGUUUUUUUUACCCCCAGUGAAAGAAGAAGAAGGAAAGAAUGGCUUCCGACGGCAUGGAUGAGCGUUCACCGCUGUUGUCAGCACAGAACUCGGGCAAUGUGACUCCCACAGCGCCGCCGUACCUGCAGGAACCCAGUCCGAGAGCUGAGCUCCCCCCGCCAUACACAGCUAUUGCCAGUCCUGAUACAGGAGGAGUGCCAGUCAUUAACUGCCGAGUGUGUCAGUCUCUCAUAAACCUGGAUGGGAAGCUCCAUCAGCAUGUGGUGAAGUGCACGGUCUGCAAUGAGGCGACGCCGAUCAAAAACCCGCCAGCUGGGAAAAAGUAUGUCAGAUGUCCCUGCAACUGCUUGCUAAUUUGUAAAGACACAUCCCGGAGGAUAGGAUGUCCUCGACCUAACUGUAGACGGAUUAUCAACCUGAGUCCGGUGAUGGUGAUCCCGGAGGAGCAACCUGCACAGCCGGCGCUUCCCAUUCAGCCCGAAGGCCUGCGUGUGGUGUGCGGCCACUGCGGCAACACGUUCCUUUGGAUGGAGCUCCGAUUUAAUACGCUGGCCAAGUGUCCUCAUUGCAAAAAGAUUUCUUCCGUUGGCAGUGCUCUACCCAGGAGGCGCUGCUGCGCCUACAUCACAGUAGGAAUGAUCUGCAUUUUUAUCGGAAUUGGACUGACGGUUGGAACCCAAGAAUUUGCCAGGCGAUACCAUGCUACCUACGUGUCAUGGGCUUUCGCGUAUCUGCUGGGUUUUAUCUGCCUGGUCCGGGCCUGCUACUGGGGAGCGAUUCGAGUCAGCUAUCCAGAGAACACCUUUGCAUAGAUGUGAAGUGUCCAUGAUGGUUCAUUUAACCCUUUUUAGGUUUUCAUUUUAUCUUGAUUUUAACAGGUGUACAUUUCACUGGUCAUUCUACAGUAUGUAGGCGAGCUACUGUAUAAUCGGGGCCGGAAAAAAUGAACGCGUUAUAUUCCGAAUAUUUAUAUUGGAUGUCAGAUAUAUCUAUAUAUAAGUGAUCAGAUAUUCACAAACGUGUUGAAAUCAACUUUUGAAAAGUAACAUUUAAUUUUCAAUUGGGAAAAUUAUAAUAUAAAGUACGCCUCGUGUAUCGUUGUUAAAGCCUACUAGACUGUGAGUGUGUGUGUGUUGUGUUUUGUUAACGACUUGACCAAAAUGAACAAUAUAUCCAUUGCACUACAGUUUUAUGCAAAUAUCCUCUUCUUUUUGCUGCUAGCUGUCAGCUGUAAAAAGCUGCAAGUUAAAUAUUAAAAGCUGCCCACACUCAAACAAGGUGGUACUGUGUAACAUUUAUGUAAUCUUACAUCUUACACGUGCCAAUAUCUGUGUUCUUAGGGUGGAAAAUCGAUAGCUGCUCUCGAAUCCAUAUCCUCGGAGCCGCUCGAACAAACCGAGAGAUUAUCUCGGCUUUUCAGAGUAUUUAAAAACGGCAUGCUUACAAACAAACAUCGAUGCUAAUAACUCCAGCUGACUCCGGUGGGUUUUAAAUGUUUUGCAUGAUAUCAACUCGGUUCAUUUGUACCACAGAUCAGUGUGUCUCUGUCAGCAAAAGGUCACUGUGGAAGUGUUAGGCCGCCUAAUGUCCCUAAUCUUCUCUAUAUGUAGAAUGGAACCGCCUCCGCUACCUUGUUCACACUAAUAUCACAGUAGUUUCUUAACUUUGGCAGGGUGACUGGGCACAAUUGUAGUUACAAUUGCAGUUCCUGUUCUGAAUGUGAAAAGCAAGUUUCUUUGUACAUAGUUUAUUCAUCGCACUGAGACUAACUUAAGUUGGAGUAUGGUUUGGGUCUUUUUAAAAAAUGGUAAUUUAUCAAUAAAAUAAAAAAGAACUGCCAUUC